ACGGUAAAGUACGGGCACACUGAGGCUUUGGCUUAAAAAAACUCAACGCCUAGGAAAAUUGAUUUUUCGCUCAAACCGAAAGCAACACCUUUUUGGCUUCAAUUACACUCAGAACCGAAGUCCGGUCUUGAUAGAGACAAAGAAAAGUCAGGAUGGCAGCAUCGCAGGUUGACCAGAAACGUGCCCUCAACAAGCUAAAGCACGAUUUAGAACCAUUCCGGACAGCCAUCGUGGGAGCCUACGGCGUUCUUACCUGGGAGAAGCAGUACUAUGCAGGAGUAGUUUUCGGCGCCAUCAGUGUUUUGUACUUGGUGCUUUGGUAUCUGGACCUCUCACUGAUCACCCUGAUUUCGCUCCUCGGACUUAUUAGCAUAUUACUGGACUUUGUAUUCCCUACGGUAUCGCGUUUGCUUUUCGGAGGUGUUAACUGGGAUGGCGACCAGGAAGCCAAAUUCGAGGAUGUCUGCGGCCAGGUGUGCGCCGUUAAAGGCAACAUAGUGCUCUGGUACGAGUAUCUCUUCAAGGAGCGAAAGUCCACAGUGUUCGUAAUCAUCAUAAGCCUAGGACUUUUGGCUCUUGCCUGGAUUGGGGCCAUUAUAAACAAUCUUCUUUUGAUGUAUCUGGCCACGCUGCUGAUCGUAAUGUGGCCUGGACUGCAAAAUAAGGACGUCUUUAAGGGCAUUACCCAAAAAGCCUCAAAGAUAAUCAACGAUAAAAUCCAGUGCGGCAAAAGGAAGCUGCAGUAAAAAAAAUGGCAUAAAAAAAGCAGAUAUAUUCAUCACCAUUUGACCAAAAAUAUAAAAUCAGCCUAAGUCAUUUCCUUGCCAUCAUGCACACAAUGCAACUCUCAUUAAACACACUGUCGAGUAUAAUUGAAUUGAACUAUAGGUAUCUUAAAAGAUAAGUGCAGCAUUUUGAAAGUAUUCUCAUCGGAUAUCUAGAAAAUCCCGUCGUGGUCUUGUUUCAUAACAUCUUCUACUAUAAGUUUGUAACAUGUAAGACAGAUAGAAUCUCGAAGCGGGGCAAACGGAGAGAGAGAAAAAAGAACGCGCAACAAAAGACAUUUUUGUGAUUAUUUUGUGAGUUAAUUGAAAUUUAUGAUAAUCCCAAGUAAGAUACAAAAAGACCUUAAGCGUCUAAUGAACUAUAUUUAAAUAAAGAUUUCAACUGAAUAGAUCAAA